AUGCGUUUCACUCUUGCUGUCGCUGCCCUCGCUGGUGUCGCCCUCGCCGGCAACGCCAAGCGCCAGGAGACCGUCUACCAGACCGUCUACAAGACCAUCACCUCCUGCGCUCCCACCGUCACCGAGUGCCCCGCCAGCAGCACGGUGGUCGAGAGCUCCAUCAUCCCCAUCGUGACCGAGGUUCCCGAGGAGCCCUCGAGCUUCGUCCCCGUCGGCCCGACCGGCUUCAUCACUGAGACUGUCGAGCCCGCCUGCCCGACUCAGUCGGUCAAGACCAUCCACACCUCGGUCACCACCGUCAUCCCGACCGUCAUCUACGAGACCGUCGACGUCCCCUGCCCGACCGGCACCAACGGCCCCUCGGUUGUCCCCACCGGUGCUGUCCCGACCCACGGUGCUCCCCCGGCCGUCACCACUCUGCCCGUCACCGCCGGCGCUGCUGCCCUCGGCGGCUCGACCCUCCUGGCUGCUGCGGCCGGUCUCUUCGCCCUCCUGGCUUAA